AAAGUCUUAUUGAUUAUAUUUCAGUUAAUUUAGUGAGGUGUAGUUCAUAGACGCCCACUAGAUGGCGCCAAAGCCCCACAGUAAUUGUUAUUUUCUAAGUGUUAGAUUGUGUUUUGUCCCUUGCGAGCUCCUGUAGUUCCCUCGUGCAGUCUACCGAGCUGGAAGCAGCUGCACUGUGUGUUUGGUGGCAAAUACUCUUUAAAUUCACCAUUUGUGUGCGUCAAUUUGACCAAAGUCCAGUCAAAUUAUGCUGUGAUAUUGUGGAGACCCUGACAUCAUCACAUAUGUGGACACAAAAAGAGGAGGCAAACCACAGCCCUCGGAAUCUCCUGGCACAUGACGAUGAGGGAGGCAGGGACGGCACAGCUGAUGUAUCGGAGGACAAAAAGGCAACAGACAGUAACUGAAGGGAUUCAGAAGGCUAUACAACCUGGACAGGACGCUGGUGUAGGAGCAUCACGUGAAUUGGCCUGCUGCAGGGAUGAGGAAAGACUGGGAAAGGUUCGACUAUGAUGUAGAUCAAGUCCUGGAGUCAACACUGGCAGGAGAUGUAGGCAAGAAGUUCAAGGCCAUGGCAUCCAUCAUCUGGAGUAUGGGUGCUGAACAUUAUGGAAAGAAAGAGCUGAAAGCCAAAACAGAGGUCCAGCCAAAAGAAAACAGACGUUUGAAGGAUAUAGCAGUCUUGAGAGGUGAUCUACGGAGACUGAGGAAGGCGUUCCGGGAAGCAUCAGCAGAGGAGAAAUCUGGCCUUACAGAAAUUCGUGACAACCUGAGAGAGCAUAAUAAAACCUUGCAAAGAGCUGAAUGUCAUCGGAGGGACAGGAAGCAGCAGGUGAAGGAAAGGACAGACUUCCCCAAGAACCCAUUUAAAUAUCUGGGAAAACUUCUGGGGGAAAAAAGAUCUAUGGAGCUGCAGGCAACAAAGGAGGAGGUAGAGGAAUACCUCCACCACGUUUACAGUGACCCCAGAAGAGAAGAGACCUUGGGAGACAUGGAGAAGCUAAUAAAACCAGCCAAACCACACAUUUGUUUCAGAACUGAAGAACCGAGUUGGCAGGAAGUUAAAAAAUUUUAUUAGAAAGAGCAGAGCAAGAUCAGCCCCAGGGCCUAACGGCAUUCCAUUUAAAGUAUACAAAAACUAUGAGAAGCUUAGAAGACGACUCUGGAGGUUACUAAGAGUGGCAUGGAGGAAGAAUUUCCUUGCUGACAGCUGGCUGGUGGCAGAGGGAUGCUUUUUUCCUAAGGAAGAAGACUCUGUAGGUAUCAAGCAAUUCCAGACAAUUUCACUCCUAAACAUCGAAGGCAAGAUCUUCCUCGGGAUUCUGGCCAAGAGGGUGACAACUUUUAUGUUGGACAAUGAGUAUAUAGAUACAUCAAUCCAAAAGGGUGGAGUGUCUCAAGCACACCAGCAUAACUAGCAAAAUCAUAGAAGAUGCAAAGAGAUUGGGCACGGAUGGAGUUUAAACCUGAAAAGUCCAGAAGUCUGAUAUUGAGGAAAGGACGUGUCCAGGACCGGUUCCGCUUUAAGAUCAAAGACAACAUGAUCCUGACAGUAAAGGAGAGGCCAGUGAAGAGCUUAGGGAAAUGGUACAGGGCAGACCUUAAUGACAAGCAGAGCAUGAGGGAGAUGCUUAGUCAAACAGACAUCUGGAUGACAACCCUGAACAAAAGCGGUUUACCCAACAAGUACAAAGCCUGGGGGUACCAGCAUGGGGUACUCCCUAGGCGGUUGUGGCCACUGCUUGUCUACGAAGUAACUGUUUCCACGGUCGAGGCACUGGAGAGAAUAAUUACUACCUACCUAAGGAGGUGGUUGGGCAUCCCAAGAAGCUUUAGCUCCAUUGGACUGUAUAGCACAGGCAGCAAGUUACAGCUGCCUGUAACAUCAGUUGUAGACUGUCAGCUGGACAAGGUGGGAGGGAGCAAGAGAAAGGAUUGUGACCUGGCAGGACAUCUGGAACAUGGAGGGACAUCGAAUAAAUUCCUGCUGUGCUCAGUCUAUGAUGUUCUUCCAACUCCUACAAAGCUCCAUACAUAGGGUUUGGCAGAGAACCCCAGCUGUAAGCUCUGUGGGAAACCAACUAAACUGGAGCAUGUUCUCUCAACUUGACGGGAAGUUCCGGUGGUGGCACGAUAAAAUCUUGGUAAGUUGGCAGAUGGGGUCGAGCAGGCAAGGAGAAAGCCAAAAGAUAUUUCCACCGGGGCCCCACCUUGUAAAUUUUGUCAGGCCAGGUGAGAGCGCAGCCACAUUAAGGAGGAACAAGGGUAUCCUGUCUACAGCGAAUGACUGGGAGAUGCAGGCAGACCUGAGGAAGCGGCUUAAAUUCCCGUAAGAGAUAGCCAACACUAGUCUCAGGCCAGAUAUGGUCCUCUUUGUGCCGUUGCUCUGCGCUCGACGCUCUCCACAUCGUUGCUCCGCGCUCCACGCUCUCCGCGUCGUUGCUCUGCGCUCUCCGCGUCAUUGCUCCGCGCUCUCCGUGUCGUUGCUCCGCGCUCUCCGCGUCGUUGCUCUGCGCUCUUCGCGUCAUUGCCAGUAUGUUAAUAACUAGCCAACAUUCAUUUACAGUGAUGUCUGCCGUUCAAGACACAUACUGUGAACUAAUUCACAUUCAAGUUCUUUAUUAAAAAAUGUGUGUGUGUGUAUAUAUCUAUGGUUGGACUGCUGGAUUUGUUUCAGAACAUGCCUUAGCGCAUUGUUUGACGUUUCGUGGAAGUCUUUUUCGCUAAAUGUGGGAACAUUACCGUCUUCUCUAAACUCCACUCCACUCUGAGCAGCACAUAGUCGUCUGUAACUGCCCCAGCUUCAAUAUGUUAAAUAAAAUUUUUAUUUCCUCUUUUAUCCUGUCGCGGAAAGACUUUUCUUCUGGUACAACUCCGAGCGUCUGCUUCUGACUGGUGUCUCCCCUCCCCAAAUUGUGGAGAGCGUUUUGAUUGGACAAUGAUUGGAUUUAAUUUUGACACUCUUACAGCGCUGCAGUUAGAGGGAAUGCAAUCGUUAUUGCUUUACUAGUUUGCAGCGCCACACAGUGGAAUACAAUGCAGUUGAGGUAAUUGCAUUUUAAGUGCAAUUCUGACACAAAUUCAGUGUUUCUUUCUUUAAAUACAAAUCCACACACAAUGUUUUUUCUGUUCAGAGGUUGGGUGACAUUAAAGCAGCGCACUGGAGCUAUCGCUUUUCAUUGUGGCACAUUUUCCUCACAUCCGUGAGUAUUACAUUUAAAGGAGGAGUUUAUGUUUAAAGUACAAUACAGCAAUACAGCUGUGCCUUGAUUACAUUUCAAGGUGUAUUUUAUUUUUUCUUUAUGUGUCCAGCAUGUAUUGCUUUAUGAUGAAAUAGCAUCAGACUAAACAAAGGAACAACACAUUGGGUGACCAACUCCUUUGGCAAAUUUAACAAUGAAAAUAAGCUCUAAAUAAAUUCCUUCCUCUUGUAUAUUAUUGAUAUGCAUCUCCUUUACUUAUGAAAACAACUUCUUUGGUCUACAUUGUAUUGCAUGUUACAGUUUUUAUGCUAUUAAGUUGUGUCCCACAACAUGCGUGCAACCCUGUUACCAUAAGGAAUUUUACCGGGCAGAGAAAGAGUUAAAAAUAUUUGUCUAUUGGCACAAAGGAAGUUACAUCACAAGGACAUUUUCUGCCCACAUGGCAAGACCAAGGGUAAGUUGUUUGUGUCACUCAGUGAACACAACCCUUUUACUCAUAUUGUAAGACUAAUAAUGAGUAGAGCCAAAAUUUACUUUAUAUACUUAUAUAACCAUGUUUGUCCUUGAACUUGUAUACAUAGCUAUACCAUCGCUCUUUCUGGCAAACGUCUGUUCCCUCGACAAUAAACUGGACUACAUCCGACUCCAGCGAACUACCCAGCGUGAGGUCAGAGACUGCUGUGUUUUGGUUUUUGUGGAAUCGUGGCUGAACGACAACAUUCCGGACAGCGCCAUUCAGCUAGCCGGGCUAACCGCGCUCAGAGCGGAUAGGAGCGCGGCUCUACCUGGGAAGACCCGCGGUGGAGGCGUGUGUGUUUACAUCAACACGGAAUGGUGUAACAACGCUGUGACUGUCGCUAAACACUGCUCUCCGCUGGUGGAGUUCCUCAUAGUCAAGUGCAGGCCUUUUUAUUUAGUACGGGAGUUCUCCGCCGUGCUAAUAGCUGCUGUUUACAUCCCACCCAGCGCUAGCAUUGGUGCUAAUGCUAAAGAGGCUCUGUGUGAACUCUAUCGGACUAUCAGCGAUCUGCAGAACAAACACCCAGACGGACUGUUUAUUAUCGCCGGAGAUUUCAACCACGCAAAUCUCAAGUCAGUGCUCCCUAAAUUCCAGUUCAGACCAGUUCAGAAGCAGGUGAAAACCUGGCCGGCAGGCUCCAUCUCUGCCCUUCAGGACUGUUUUGAGUGCACUGCAUGGGACAUGUUUAGGGAGGCUGCUACUGAAGGCGAUUCUGUUGAUUUGGAGGAGUAUGCAGCAUCAGUCACUGGCUACAUCAGCAAGUGUAUUGAUGAUGUCACUGUCUCCAAGACCAUCACCACACGCCCAAACCAGAAGCCUUGGAUGACUGCUGAGGUACGUGCGCUGCUGAGGACCUGCGACUCCGCCUUCAGAGUGGGUGACAAGGUGGCCCUGAGGAAAGAGAGAGCCGACCUGUCACGAGCCAUCAGAGAGGCAAAGCGCGCACACACCCAGAGAAUCCACAGCCACUUCAAGGACACGGGUGACGUGCGGCGCAUGUGGCAGGGCAUCCAGGCAAUCACCAAUUACAGGACAAUGCCACCGUCCUGUGAACGUGAUGCCUCCCUCCCUGAUGCCCUGAAUAACUUUUAUGCACGGUUUGAGGCACAAAACAACACGUUGUUGAGAAAGACUAUGCCCAAGCCGGACGAGCAGGUGUUGUGCCUGACUGCAGUGGACGUGAGGAACACUCUGCGCAGAGUCAACCCACGGAAAGCUGCAGGACCAGACAGCAUCCCUGGCAGAGUGCUCAGGGAGUGCGCAGACCAGCUGACAGAUGUUCUCACGGACAUCUUCAACAUCUCCCUGUGCAGCGCCACUGUCCCAACGUGCCUCAAGUCCACCACCAUCGUCCCCGUGCCGAAGAAGUCCACAGUAUCCUGCCUCAAGGACUACCGUCCCGUUGCACUUACACCCAUCAUCAUGAAGUGCUUCGAGAGGCUAGUCAUGAGGAACAUCAAGACACAACUGCCCUCUUCACUGGACGCCCUGCAGUUUGCGUAUCGUCCCAAUCGCUCCACGGACGAUGCCAUCACCACCACCCUUCAUCUCUCCCUCACCCACCUGGAGAAGGACACUUAUGUCAGAAUGCUGUUUAUAGACUUCAGUUCAGCAUUCAACACCAUCAUCCCACAGAACCUCAUCAGGAAGCUAAGCUCGCUCGGCCUCAACACCCCCCUCUGCAACUGGAUCCUGGACUUUCUGACGGGGAGACCCCAGUCAGUCCGGUUCGGGGGCAGCACCUCCAGCACCAUCACACUGAACACUGGGGCCCCCCAGGGCAGUGUCCUAAGUCCUCUGCUGUUCACCCUGCUGACUCAUGACUGUGCUGCAAAACACAGUUCUAACAGCUUUAUCAAGUUCGCCGAUGAUACAACCGUGCUGGGUCUCAUCACCAAAGGCGACGAGUCAGCAUACAGAGAGGAGGUGCAGCGGCUGACAGACUGGUGUACAGUCAACAACCUUCACCUGAAUGUGGACAAGACAAAGGAAAUGGUUGUUGACUUCAGGAGCGCACAACACACCCACUCUCCACUCAACAUCGACGGGUCCUCUGUGGAGAUUUUUAAGAGCACCAAGUUCCUUGGUGUCCACUUAGCAGAUAACCUCACCUGGACCCUGAACACCAGCUCUACAGCCAAGAAAGCCCAGCAGCGUCUCUACUUCCUCCGGAAGCUGAGAAAGGCCCAUCUCCCUCCACCCAUCCUCACACUCUUCUAUAGAGGGACCAUUGAGAGCAUCCUGAGCAGCUGCAUCACUGCCUGGUUUGGGACCUGCACCGUCUCUGACCGCAAGACCCUCCAGCGUAUUGUGAGGACAGCUGAGAGGAUCAUCGGCGUCUCUCUCCCCUCCAUCACGGACAUUUACACCACCCGCAGCAUCCGCAAAGCAACCAGCAUUGUGAAUGACCCCACCCAUCCUUCACACAAACUGUUCUCCCUCCUGCCUUCGGGAAGAAGGUACCGCAGCAUCCGGUCCAGCACGACCAGAUUCUGCAACAGCUUCUACCCCCAAGCCAUCAGACUCCUCAACUGCAGAGACUGAAUGGUUUUUCUGUACAUGCACACACACUCUUACCCCACUUACCACUUACUUCUACCUCACUGGACUCUAUUGCACACUGUGUAAUAGAGGUGAUUACUACCUCACUGGUCUUUUUUUUGCACACUGCAUAAUUUGCAUACUGUCUUGUUAUUUAUUAUUCUUUGUCUGUAUUGUGUUGUAUUGUCUGUCUGCACUUUUGUACUGUUGCACUUAUUGUUCUGUCUACACUGUGUUUAUAUGCACCAUGGUCCCUGGAGGAACGUUGUUUCGUUUCACUGUGUACUCUGUAUAUAGCUGAAAUGACAAUAAAAAACACUUUGACUUUGA